AUGAGUGUCAAGGUGUUGGCGACACUAGCCUCCGUCGGGAGUGCUGUAGUGCUAGUGAGUGCUGUGGUCAGCCUCGGCUAUCUCUACAAUGAUAUCAAUUCAUUCUACUAUGAGGCCGUCUCAGAUAUGUCCGAAUUCCAGCUAUACGCCAAUGACGCCUGGUCAAAUAUGAUCACGAGCAUGGGCCAGGCGAGCAGCAGCCAAUCGCAACUAAACACAAUCUUUGGCCGCCACAAACGAUCAGCCGAUAAAUGCCAAUGUGGACCCCAGGCGAAGAGCUGUCCAGCUGGCCCACCCGGACCCCCUGGACAACCCGGACAACCAGGAGAUGAUGGAGAGAAGGGAAAACCCGGAAAUACUGGCAUCAAGGGAUCUGCUAUUACUCAAGAGGAUACACCCACUGGAUGUAUCAAAUGUCCACAAGGACCACCUGGACCAAAGGGACCCGAUGGAGCUGUGGGAGAAGCUGGACCGGAAGGAAAGAAGGGAGAAGAUGGAAAGGGAGGAAAGAAGGGAGAGGAUGGACCUGAUGGAGAGGCUGGAGAUGCUGGAAAGAAUGGAGAGAAGGGCAAGGAUGGAGAGCCUGGAAAGGCUGGAGAAAAUGGCACGAAAGGAAAGGGCGCCCCAGGACCCCUCGGACCAAUGGGACCCAUUGGACCACAAGGAAACCAAGGAGCCGUCGGAACCCCUGGACAGCCUGGAAAGGACGGACAGCCCGGCAAAGGC